AUGCCGCUCACCACAGAAAACGUCAAAAACAUCCCCACCUGCUUCGCCAGUGUAUCGAUUGGUUGCAGAGAUGAACACACCCUUCCCAAGAAGCUAGAAGCAAUCUCCGAGGCACGCUUCAGUGCCAUUGAGCUUGGAUUCCCCGAUCUCCUGGCUUUUGCAUCAACGUAUAUGAAGAAAGAGGUCGGAGCAUAUGACUACGAUGAUCUUGUCAUCUCCGCCAAGGUGGUCAAGGCCAUGUGCGAUGCAAAGAAGCUGAAGGUUUUGAUUCUUCAACCAUUCGCCAACUUCGAGGGCUGGCCGCAGGGUAGCGAGGAGAGAAAGGAUGCUUUCACCCGUGCUGAAGGCUGGAUCAGAAUCAUGGAAGCUGUUGGAACAGACAUGCUCCAGGUCGGUUCCUCAGAUACACCGGCCGACAAGAUUGGCGCAGACCGCAGCCGCUUCGUUAGCGACCUACAGGAACUCGCCGACAUGCUCGCAAAGAAGAACUUCCGUCUGGCUUACGAGAACUGGUGCUGGUCAACCCACGCCCCUACAUGGAAAGACGUAUGGGACAUUGUACAAAAGGUCGACCGCCCCAACGUCGGUCUCUGUCUAGACACUUUCCAGUCCGCCGGCUACGAGUGGGCAGACCCAACCACAGAGUCAGGCUUGGUAGACAAGCCCAAGGAUCAGCUGGAGAGAGACUGGAAGGAUUCAUGCGACGAGCUCUCUCGCACUAUUCCCGCAGACAAGAUUUUCUUCCUCCAGAUCAGUGAUGCGUACAAGCCUAAGCAGCCCUUCAGCAAAGACGUCGAUGAGUCUGGAACCCGCUCUAGAGGUCGCUGGAGCCAUGACUUCCGACCUCUCCCCUUCCAAGGCUACCUACCUGUUGUCGACUUCACACGCGCUGUCUUGAAGACGGGCUUCCGUGGUUACUUCUCGUACGAGGUCUUUGACGGGGGUGAGGAUGGUAAGGGCAAGGACUACGAGUUGCAAGACUUUGCGAAUGAGGCGAUGGGCACUCAGUGGAAGCUCUUGACGGCGUGUGUCGAAGCUUAG